AUGUUGCACAUUCACAAAUCACACUCAGAUUGCCAAAUAGCUAUGUUCAAGAGCCUUAAGAAGCAAGACCUAUAAAUUACGAUAACAAGUCUCAAGCAUAAGGUUAUAAAUUCUUUCAACUCAUCUGCAUUCUAAACUCCAAAUAAAGAGAACAAUUUAAAUGCUGUAUCUUCAUUUAAAGAUAAUUCUGAGUAUCAAGAUAGUUUUAGCAAAAACUUUAAAAAUUCCGCAAAGCUUUUAAAGACCAGCAAAAAAGUAAGCCCUACUGCUAACUAAAAGAAUCCCAAUGCGAAAUCAGAAAAAUAUUCACUCACUCAGCUAAGUCCUUCACCAUUCACUUCAGAUUCUUUUGAAAUAGUGAAAGUUGAAAAUUACUUGUUAAAGGGGCGAGCAGCCAUUCAGAGCAAAAAAUAGAAUGAUGGUUCUAGAGUUUAAACUUAAACGGACAGAAUUAUUUGGUCUGAUCAUGAAUUUAAUCACUUAAGAUCUUAAUCCCUACUUAAAUUCGAGAGAUUGAAUAUGGCUCAGCUUCUAUAAAGAAACAAGUAAAAUGUCUUUUCCAAGAUCCAAAAACAUAAAGAGAAUCUAGAUUUGGUUAGAACUUAAGUGAGUUCUAAGUUAAAGAUACAUUACCAAGACAUAUAACAAAAGGAUACUUUUUUGAUUAAUAUAGAUGAAAACUCAAAGAGGCUCUAUUAUGAGAUAUAAAAGUACUUCACUGAAAUCAAAAGCUUCUGGGAUUUCAUCAAAGGUGACUUGUACUAAAAGCUAUACAGUAAAGAUCUAGUUAAGCUUGCUAACUAAAACUAAAAGACAGUAAAACUUUCAUAAUUUGUGCCUCACUUCAUCAAAGAUGCCAAUCUUACCCAAAAAAUCUUAAAGGCCAACAUUUCUUAAGGCAUUACUAUAGAGUAAGCUACUCAGAUUGUAAGGGCUAUUGACUUAGAGUUUGAAGCUCACUCGAGAUUAGGGGCAAAGUAGGCAUCCAAUAAAAGAAGGGCAAAGAAAAAUCAGUAAAAACAUAAAAAGAAGUUAGAAUAAGAGUUGAUCAAAGCUUCUUAAAUUUAGAUAACAAAAUCAUUAUCAACUCCAGACAUUUCUAAAAAUUAAUAAAAUAUUGAGAAUAAGAGCCGAGAUAUUAUAGUAAAGGAUGAAGAUGAAGUUGGCUCACUGACUCCCAUUGCAGUGGAGUUAGAGCAAGAAGAACCUUAAAAGAUUCAAAAUUCUCUGACCCCAGUAAAGUUAGAUGAUUUUAAAUUACCCUUGAAAAAAUUUCUAAGUGACUCUAAGGUAAACCUAAAGGCUGAUAUCAAUGUGAUGCAAUUCUAGUAUUAAGAUUCCUAUAAGAAGCGUAAACUCAGUGAUGAGCAGGAAUAUUUCCGAUGUUCAGGAUACGAAACUGUUGCUUCAUCAAGUUAUGAGAGUCCAAACUAAUCUAUUCCUGCUUUUAAUACUCAUGGAAUCAAUCUUGCAUAUAAUUCUAAAAAGUACAAUCACUCAGCUCAGCCUACCAUAAAUCCUCCUUUUGUUGCUAGAAAAUGA